AUGUGUGGCAUAUUCUGCUCAGUGAGCAGACAUUGCCAUAUCUUGCCGUCAAGAGAAGUUCAAGGCCUGCUGGAUGCUCGUGGACCGGAUGCGUCGAAUGUUGUCUACAUCUCGCCUGAAGACAGUCCGGAUGGGGUGCCUGGGGCAUUCACCACACUCUGCUCGACCGUCCUAUCUCUUCGUGGACAAGUAACGGUCAGCCAGCCAUUCAGGCGUUCAUCGUCCGGGUCCACUAUCUGCUGGAAUGGCGAAGCAUGGAGCAUCGCCGGCGCACAACCCGAUGGCAACGACACAGCGCAUGUUUUCGACAUCCUAGAAAAAGCUGCCCGACAGCCUGUUCCGGUCAUGGAUGCGCAUGAGGAGCUUCUCUAUGCCACACAAUCUAUUUCCCGCGCAAUUUCUCAAGUUGCAGGUCCCUACGCAUUUGUCUUCCACCAUGCCGUGUCACACAGGCUGUUCUUUGGCCGCGAUUUCCUUGGUCGUCGGUCACUACUUCACCGAAUCACCGAAGAAGGUGACCUUUUGUUGAGCAGUGUUACCGACGGAACCAUAGACAACAGCUGGUCCGAAGUGGAGGCAGACGGCGUGUACUGCAUUGACCUAUCCAAGAGGUCCUACAGCCGCGAUACGCAUGAAGACGCGUUUCACAAAUGGGGCGAGCAUUUCGUUGCAAACGCUCCACACACGGUGAUACCCCAACUCUCCUUGAAUCGAGAAAUAGCAAAAGCACCUGAACACCUCACAGAGCAGUCGCCAUCGGUCUCACGCCUGGAGAAAUUGCUCAUCGAUUCACUGCGCCCUCGCGUACAAGCUAUACCAGACCCUCCAAAUCGGCCAGGCACGGACACGGCUCUGACCAGAGCGCGACUUGCAAUUCUGUUCUCGGGCGGACUGGACUGUACAGUGCUGGCCCGCUUGACACAUGAUCUGCUUCCAGUCUCCGAGCCGAUCGACCUUUUGAAUGUCGCGUUCGAGAACCCACGAGUUCACAAAGCCAAAGGCGAGGCAUCUUACGAGCUGUGUCCAGACCGAAUUACUGCUCGUGCGUCGUAUGCUGAGCUUUGCAGUGUCUGUCCUGACCGCGAAUGGCGUCUUGUUGCUAUUAAUAUUCCGUACAGUGAGACGCAGAAUCACCGCCAGCAAGUCAUUACAUUGAUGCAUCCGCACAAUACAGAAAUGGAUCUGAGCAUAGCGUAUGCUCUUUACUUUGCCGCCCGAGGAACUGGACAUCUGGAGGUGGAAGGGAAAAGCCAAACCGCCCAAUACACCACGUCUGCUCGUGUUCUACUCUCUGGCCUUGGCGCAGAUGAGCUGUUUGCAGGAUACACCCGUCAUGCGACAGCAUACAAUCGAAACGGCUUUCCUGGACUAUUGGAUGAGCUCGACCUCGACAUUGGCCGGCUUGGAAAGCGAAAUCUUGGCCGCGACGAUCGAGUCAUCAGCCACUGGAGCAGGGAGGUGCGAUUCCCAUUUCUGGACGAGGAUAUUGUGGGUUGGGCACUCUCAAUAACAGUCACCGACAAGUGUGAUUUUGGAGCAGUCGCAACGGACGAUGGUGACCAAAGCGAUGCCGACGGCUCGAAGCACAUCGAACAUGGAAAAAAGGUCCUGAGAUGUCUAGCUCUGAGGCUCGGAAUGAAACAAGUGGCUAAAGAGAAGAAGCGAGCUAUUCAAUUCGGUGCUCGCACCGCAAAAAUGGAGACUGGCAAGACAAAAGGCACGACUCUGCUUUCGUGA